CCACAUCUUCAUUCAUGCAGAUACCACAACCUCUACCUUGACUUUACGAAUGUUUGCCAUUCACGAGGGCCUCGCAAUAGAUCAUGGCUUUCAACCGUGCAGGCACUCAUUCAUCGCGCACUUCUAUGCGACCGCCUCCUAGACCGCAUAACAGCCAUCAUGCCUCCAUCACGGGUCGUGCACCCUCACCUGCCCUGUCGCACAGCUCGAGCAGUGCAGCCUCUGCUGGUAGCAAGAGAAAGGAAAGAGACUUUGAAGCAGACCAUGGCGAAGAGACAAACAUCAAUGUCGUGGUCCGCUGCCGAGGACGCAGUGAUCGCGAAGUUCGCGAGAACAGUGGCGUCGUCGUUUCAACCAGUGGCGUACGGGGCAAGACAGUCGAUCUAUCCAUGGGCCCGAAUGCCAUCAGCAACAAAACCUACCAGUUCGACAAGGUCUUCUCACCCGCUGCAGACCAGGCCAUCAUCUUUGAAGAUGUGGUUGCUCCCAUCCUUGACGAGAUGUUGACCGGCUUCAACUGCACCAUCUUUGCCUACGGCCAAACCGGUACUGGAAAGACAUAUACCAUGUCAGGCGACAUGACCGACACGCUUGGUCUCCUGUCCGAUGCGGCCGGUAUAAUCCCUCGUGUUCUAUAUUCAUUGUUUCAAAAGCUCGAUUCGGAUGAAGUCGAGUGCUCCGUCAAGUGCUCCUUCAUCGAAUUGUACAACGAAGAGUUAAAAGACCUGUUAUCCAUGGACGACUCCGUCAAGCUCAAAAUCUAUGACGACUCUAGCAAGAAAAGCCAAACCGCCACCAUGGUACAAGGCAUGGAGGAAACCCACAUCAAGACCGCCGCUGCCGGCAUACAACUACUACAACGCGGGAGUCAUCGGCGCCAAGUUGCAGCAACAAAGUGCAAUGACCUCAGCUCCCGCAGUCACACCGUCUUCACCAUCACAACUUAUCUUAAGAAAGUCAGCGAGACAGGAGAAGAUUACAUCUGUGCAGGAAAGCUGAACUUGGUCGAUUUGGCCGGUAGUGAAAACAUCCAGCGAAGCGGGGCAGAAAACAAAAGAGCUGCUGAGGCGGGCUUGAUCAACAAGAGUUUACUGACCCUCGGGCGCGUUAUCAACGCCCUUGUGGAUCGAAGUUCGCACAUCCCAUACCGAGAGUCCAAACUCACGCGCCUGCUACAAGACUCUCUCGGCGGUAGAACCAAGACCUGCAUUAUCGCUACCGUCUCGCCCGCGAAGAGCAACCUGGAAGAGACCAUAUCGACCCUGGAUUAUGCCUUCCGCGCCAAAAACAUUCGCAACAAGCCACAGGUCAAUUCCACCAUCUCAAAAAAGACAUUACUGAGGGAGUACACCAACGAAAUUGAAAAGUUGAAAAGCGAAUUGAUCGCAACAAGGCAAAGAAAUGGUGUAUACCUAACAAACGAGCAGUACGAGGAAAUCACAGUCGAGAGUGAAUCGAGACGAAUCCUAAGUGAUGAGCAACGCGCGCGUAUUGAGACAAUGGAGUCUAGUCUCCGGAACAAAGUUCAAGAAUUGUUCAGUCUGACCAACAACUUCACCCUUCUCAAGCGUGACAACGAAUCAACCAGAACAAUUCUGGAGAGUACAAAGGAUGUGUUGGUCAAGGCAGAAGCCGCUGUUGCUGACACCAACGAGCUUCUCGAAGAUGAAAAGGCGAUUCGUCAAGCGCAUCAAGCGACGGAAGAUGCUCUGUUUGGCAUUGGAACCGACUUGGUCUCGACAAUUGGUCAGUCCCUGGGUGAUCUCAGCGGCUUGGAAGCAAAGCUCAGACGCCGUUCAGAACUUCAUGCCCUGAACAGUCGCUCUUGGAGUAUCUCUAUCGGUCAGGUCGCCGACAUCUCGGACAUGAUUGAGGCACGCCUGAGUGAAUUUGAAGCCGCUCACUCUCAGAUAAUUAACUCUGGGUCUAGCCGAAUCGAACGAUUUCUUGACUCUGAAAAGGCUCGGUUUCAAAGAUCCGGGGAGCUGAUCAUGGCAAAGGCGGAUGAAUUAGGUGCGAACUGCAAGACAGUCGAAGAUCACUCUAGUGACGCAAGAGAUGCCAUGAACAACGUUCUGGAAGAGAUCAAGGUCCUCCGGGAACAAGUCAAGGAAAAGGUGGGCGAAGGUCUCAAUGGACUUUCCGAGGCUGCUGCAAAGAUCUCUGCAGAAGUCAUCUCAGAGCUGGAGCAGUUCCAUACACAACUGCACUCUUCCUAUAGCAGCAUGGGUAAGGACUUUAAAACUCUGUUCGACGACCUCACCCAGCAGCUAUCGUCUCAACGACAGGAAGCCGACGACCUUAGGUCCGCCCUUGAGGCUGCCAAUCGAGCCAACAUUGAGGCGAAUUUGACGACGUCUACUCAACUCCAGACCAUUAUUGAAGAAGAGCAUCGGGCUUCGCAGGAGGAGCGUGAUCGGUUGAAGGAACAACUAUGUGCAAUGAUCGACGAGUCAUCCUCGCGACGGCAUGAAACAAUGUCUACCAAACUGCUGAAUGCUCAAGGCCACAUGAUGGAGGAAACUGAAAAGUUUGAGGCUGCAGACACGGUGUACCGAACGGGAAUGGACAAAUGGACCAUUCGGGGCGAAGAGCUUUUGGCCAGAGUGGUCAAAUCCCGGGAUGAGGUCAAGUCUAAAAUGAAGACAGAUUGGACGGGCAUCAACACUCGCAACACGGCCAUCCAAAAGUCAACCAAGGCAGUUCACGAGCAGACAGUCAUGAUAGUCGAUGCACAACUGCAAGAAAUGGCGACGCAGAUGGCAGCUCUGGACGAAUUCGUGACCCGCGCUCGGUCUCAAAAUGAUGAUCAUCAUUCAGAGCGUCUUCAACGUCUCGGGCAGCUGGUAUUGGAGGGGCGCGAGGGAUUCAAAGCACUUGAAAAAGACACGACUGAAUCGAACGCUGCUUUUGAUCAAUUCGAUGAGGACUACAAGACACAAUCCACGGAUAUUGGGGAUCUGGUGGCAAGUCUCCGGAGCGAUACCAGAUUACCACUACGGGAGCUUCGACUUGAGAUGUCGAAGAGGAGCAUGACCGACUAUGCGCCAACGGGAGAAACACCACAGAAACGUGAAUGGCAUUAUCCUACCAAUCUGCCAAAGACUCAAAAGCACGAAUCAAUCACAGCCAGGCGCAGGGGGUUGCCCGAUCCCCACGCAGUUUCCACAACACCGCCAGUCACGAAAACACCUGGACGUUCCCCGCGAAAGAUGGGCUCACCACGUAAAGGGGCUAUUUCGCCAUCGAAAGUGCCCAGCCCGAGCAAGACCAAGGUGUUCAACGACGCGAGGGAUAUGGAUGCUGGUAAGCCAGCUGAUUCGAAGUUUGGUCACUCUCAUGACAGCCAAAACCACACCAUCAGCCUGCCAUUGGACGUGAAAGCUGGGCUGAAAGAGCUUGACGUGAAUCUAAUACCUCGGCCAACAUCGUCGUCCGACUCCAACCAUCCAGCCUACGCGUCAUCCUUGUCCAAUAACCCGGCCAUUCACGAUCAGAAGGGCAUGGGCGAGCAGAAACCGGUGUUGAUAGACUUUAGCAAAAGUCUCGGCAGUGGGAGUGGACAACCCCCACUGAAACGGCACGCGACGACGAACGCUGUGGUGGAGUCUCGUCUCCCUAUGAAGCAGACGAGGGCGACAAGAAGCACGAUUGCCAACUUGGGGGCCGCUGGCCUGGGAGCGGAGAACUUCUCCAGUAGUGUUGGUGGUGGAAGAAGGUUGAGGAGCACUCCAACCGAGUGAGUAGAGGGAUGAAAUGUAGACUAGGCCAGGGACGAUCGAUGCGUUUGGGCUUGCGGUGGGAAGAACGCACGGUGUGCAAGGUUUUCUUUUGUCCAAGGAGCUAGAUACCCCCAUGUUCAGCGCGGAUGGAAAUGCAAUUAGUUCUACAAUCAUGGGCAAGCGAGGCGUUGGAUUCGGUCUAUCGGUGCUCUUUGGCC